CCGUGAGCCAGUAGUGUUCCCACCGCUCUCUUGAUUCAUGACAUUCGCUCAGUGUAAUUGGAGGCCCAUAGUCCUCCCAACAUGAAAUUUGUGUGUUUCUUAUAAAUUUAGUGUCUUUCUUACAGCUCUAGCUUUUGCUUAAACGAUCAGAUAUGGAGGAGACGGAGACCCAGAAGACGAAGGUAUCUGAUUCUGGUUACUCUAACAGCUGCAGCAAUAGUCAGUCACAACGGAGCUCUGGAAGCUCAAAAUCUCGUCACAGCACGUCCAGUGGUAAUAGUGGUUAUUGUGCACAUUUAACAAACAAUAAUGAUGGAGAAAAACCUCCAGGAAAGCGAAAAGAUAAAGAUCACAAGAAGAAAAAAGAUGGUCAAAAUUCACAUCAGCAGUCUUCUACCGAACAUGAACCUCUACCACCCGUGUGUGAGAACUCAAUGCGGGAGGAGACGGCUCCUGAACACUCUGAUGUACGAUGUCAGGAGACGCUCCAAUUGGCGGCACUCUCCCAGACUUUCUCAACCGUUAAGAGGCUAAGGUCCAAGGAACAGUCACCAGAUGUUGAAAACAGCAGCUCCCGAGAGAAGAACAUCACUCAAUGGACCCGAGAUGAAGUGAUGCAACUCGUCAAUGAGGAGAUGACUCACGAGGAGGAGUUGGGUAUCAUAGUAUCAAUGGAGGAUGGCCUUGUACUUUACAUCACCCCAGCGCUGACUGAUGUCCUCGGUUACCCGAAGGACAUGUGGAUUGGAAGAUCACUAAUAGACCUCAUUCAUCCCAAACACCGAGCAUCCUUUGCAGGGCACAUCACUUCCGUCAUUGCUAACAACGAAGCAGGAUCUACUAGACGCAAUCCAUACUCAUGUUACCUGCGGCAGUAUCGAGGUCUGCGAAGUUCUGGUUUUUCAGUGACAGAGAAAUGGGUUGGUUAUUUACCAUUGCAGUUGAAUAUUAGCUUUCAGCAAACUAUUGGCGAAACUCCAAAGGUUUGCCUAGUCAUCACAGCUGCCCAGAUUAAAUCAGCAUAUAAAUAUGGUGAUGAGACUAGAGUGUCAGCAAAAUUUACAACCAGGCAUACAGCUUCUUCGCAGCUCUGCCAUGUUGAUUCUGAAGUAACUCCAUAUUUUGGAUAUUUACCUCAAGAUAUCAUUGGCAGAUCAAUCCUAGAAUUUUAUCAUCCUGAAGAUUUGCAUUUUUUAAAAGAAGUAUAUGAAGCAGUUAUGAAAGAAGAAGGUCACCUGUUUAGGAGUAAGCCAUAUCGGUUCCGCUGUCAGAAUGGUGGUUUCGCUCUUGUUGAAACUGAACUCUCUUCAUUCAUCAAUCCUUGGUCGAGGAAACUUGAGUUCAUCAUUUGCCAGCACACUGUCCUAAGGGGCCCGCCAAACCCAGAUGUCACAACUCCAGUGGCAGAACCAGAGGCUCUUACAGUAUCAGAAGAACUUUUAAAAGAAACAAAAAUAGUCCAUGAAGAAAUCAAACACCUUCUUAAUGAUACUGUAGUGCGAAGCUGUAAAACAGCCAAGCAGCAAGUGACAAAACGUUGUAAAGAUCUGGCAGCAUUCAUGGAAAAUUUAAUGGACGAACUUACCAAACCACCAGAUUUGAAGGUGGAUGUUCCAAUGGAGGAACAGAGUUUCUCAGAAAGAGAUUCUGUUAUGCUCGGUGAGAUAUCUCCUCAUCAUGAAUUUUAUGAUAGUAAAUCAUCUUCAGAAACUCCACCGAGUUACAAUCAGCUCAAUUACAAUGAAAACAUCCAGAGGUUUUUCGAGAGCAAGCCAAAAACAACUUUAUCUGAAGAAUCAAGUGAAUCAAAAGUUGGUAGCGGCGAAGAAGGAAAAAUCUCACCUGUUGUAGAAUCUGUUGUCGAUUCUAAAAGUGGUGAAAGUUCUGGAACUCAGAGUACUGAGAGCAAUGAAAAUUCAGGAGUGCCAAAUGUUAACCCUUCAAAGAACAAUCCAUCCAAGAAAUACAAACCAGCAACUCUAACAGAACAACUUUUGUCCAGACAUAAUGAAGAUAUGGAAAAACGUAUGGUGCAAAAGCAUCGAGAACAGCGGUCAAAAUCAGACCGAGAUAUGAAGAUAAAAGAAAGGCUGAAGAUAACUUUGGAUAAACCACAGGAAGAAUCGACCAGCCAUGGAAUAAAGAGAAGUGGCUCUCACUCUUGGGAAGGGGAACCAUGCAAAGCGAUCAAGUCCGUGCUGAGCACUGAGCCUGUGUCAUCUGCGAUGGCAAAUGCUGAAAAACAGGCCACCAUCCUUCCAACCUUCCCUCCAAGCCAAGAAUUCACCCCUCCACCAUUUACUAGUACACUUAUGCCCAUGUAUUAUGUACCCAACAGGAGGCCAGAUCUUCUCUUUCCUCAACAAAUUCCAUAUGUGGGAGGGAUGGUUUAUCAGCCUGUGAUGUUCGGAACCCAGCCGCUCGUCUACACACCUCUGGCAGUCGUCCCAUCUCCAGAUCUCACUCAUCCUUCUGGACCUGUAGCUCAUGAAGAAACAAUACCUCCAGUGCAGCAAAUGAGUACAGACAUCAAACAUGGCAAGAAUAAUUAUCGCCCAAGCAAAAGUAAUUCUGCAACAGCUCAAGAUAAUAAAACAGACAGCAAUGAUACCAGUGUUCCUUUUGAUGAUUUAAGUUCUUCAUUCUAUUCUUUGCUGAAGACAGAUAAGUCAGAUGAAAGUUUGCAGAGCUCCUCAGAAAAUGAGACCAAACAGGAGGAAACUGACUGGCGAGGAGGAAUGAAAAGUAAUGGGAAAAUGGAGCCUAUAAGAAAGGUUGCACCAUGGAUAGAAGACAUCAACUUUACUCCAGACUUGAUAUUAAAAUACCAGGUGAAAGAGAGGCCGAUUGAAGAAGUAUUAUAUCAGGACCUUCAAGCUCUCCAGUCAAUAACUCAGCCCGAACUCGUCUCUGAACAGUUGUCGCAAAUGUACUUGGACCUGGAGCUAGAGGGAUUAUCCAAGCAGCUGACCUUAGAGGAGGCAUCGUCCUCCUCUGAAUCCAGUGGUGAUGAAGCAAAGGUGAGUUCUUGGCAGAAAAACAGUAUGGAAUAUGACAGAAUGGUUAUUCUGUUUGAAGAGGAUGCACCACUCCCUUCUCCUUUAGCUCAGGGUUAUUAAGUUCAAGGAGAAUUCCAUCGCUUCUGCCGCAGCAGAUGUAAUUACAUUAAAUUUUGUUAAAUAACAUUUGAUGUAAUUUCUUACUUAUAAGUAUUGUAUUAGCUUCCUUGUACACUCCGAUGUUUACCGAACAUGACAGAGAGACAAUCCUUUUUAUGAUGGCAUCGAGAUAACAUAUCGACAAUCAAAAAAUUUAUAAGUGUUUUUCUGAUAGCACAAAAUUAAAUAUGGUAUUAAAAUAUGUUCCGUGCUGAUUAUGAUCACUCAAUACAAAGAAGUUAAUCAAAAUGUACAUUACCUUGUAUAAAUUAGAUUUAUGUUUUAGAUUACAUAUACCUCAAUUAGUUUUUUAUUUUAUAUCUUGCUGUGAUUAUAAUUGUCCUCAUAUAAACAUGACAUGUCUUUGGUUGAAUGUUCAGGUGUAUUGACUAAAAUAUUUUGAAUUGCCGCAAGCACAAAUUUUUUAGUUUUUGUAUAAUAAAACAUGUAAAUUGAGUUGAAACUUGUCAUCAAAGCACAACUGUUUUGUAAUACUUUUACAACAAAAAAAGAAAUUGUUUGAAUCAGAUUACUUUAAUUGAUAUCCUUCAGGUUUGUUGUACUGCACAAAAUAAUUUAUUAAACUUUGAAAAUAAGAUACUCAAGUUUUCUUAAAUUGAGGACAAACCUUUUAUUAGAUAUAAAUAAGAGUUUUUUAGCUUUAGGUAGCAUUUUUUUUUUAUUGUUAUUUAUUUACUUUUGUUAAUGUUUUUGUAAUGAACUUUAUCCUACCUGAAUGUUUUUAAGUUAGAAAUUGCUUUCUUAGUUCCUAUUUGAACAAUCAGGUUAUUUCUGAAGUGGGUUAAUGUCGAUUGUCUUGGAUAUUACAUUAUAUAUAACUUGAUAUUGAUCUCCUUACUCCUGGUAAUUAUUAUUUUAGUAAGUUAUGAGUUUAGAAUCUAUUCGAACAGAUUUCAAUGUAAAUAUAUCGCUUUAAGAUAUGGAAUCCUUUGGCUUAGUAUUCAGUCAAAACAGAACUACAAAAGCAUAAUUAAUUGCUGGUUUUACAGUUGAAGUUAUGUAAAAAAAAAAAAAAAAAAAAAUAGUUUUAAAAGUUUAUUAUCACAUCCUGAACAUUAUAGACAACCAUCCUGUACAUAGUAUUUAAGUAUGUUCUCCCAUUUGUAAAUUCCAAUUGUGCCUAAUUUAGAUUCCAUGUGCUAUUUAUAUAACUUAUGUACUUAACAAGAAAAUAUAUGCUUCUUUAAUGUGU